CCCGAAGAGAUAAGGCGCGCGCUUCUUCUCCUUCUCCUCCCUCGAAUGCCCGCCAUGAUUUCUGCUUCUGCUUCUUCUUCUCCGUCGUCGUCGUCCUCCUCGUACGGAUGCUGCUGCCGCCGGCUCCCCAUCGCGUCGACCGCCGUGCCGGCGAGGAGGAGCGGAGCUUCUCGCUUCACGCUCGCCCUCCCGCAGCUUGCCGCCGGGCCUCGGUUUGGGAGUCGAAGGGUUGCGUGCCAAGCUGUGGAUGAGCCUGAGCCUGUGCCUGCGAGCAAUGGCGAUGAUGAGGAGAAAAAAGAGGCUGGGUAUGAGUCUAAUUCAUCGCCUUCAGUUGGUAGUGUUGCAGAAGCAAAUGGAGUUACAGAGAUUGACUCCAGUGCAGAUAAUACGAAAGAUGAAUCCCCGAGUGCAGAACUGCUAAACUCCAUCGACACAGUUCAGAACGUCGAUGGAGAUGCUAGAGCUGAUUCGGCCAGCGACACAGUUCAGAACAUCGAUGGAGAUGCUAGAGCUAAUGCGGCCAGUGACAGCGAUGUGCAGGAGCAGGUGGAGGUUGUUGAUGUUGCUAGUGGCUCGCCUUUGCCUGGAAUGAAGCAACAGCUUGAUGAAUCUGUUACGAUUCCCAAGGCUACAAUAGACAUUCUGAAGGACCAAGUCUUUGGUUUUGACACCUUCUUCGUGACCAGCCACGAGCCCUAUGAGGGCGGAAUACUAUUUAAGGGGAACUUGCGCGGUGUGCCAGCCAAAAGUUUUGAGAAGAUCACAACUCGACUACAGAACAAAUUUGGUGAUGAAUAUAAGGUUUUUCUUCUCAUUAAUCCAGAGGAUGAGAAGCCAGUUGCAGUAGUUGUACCUAAACAGACAUUGGAGCCUGCAACUGGAGCCAUCCCAGAGUGGGCUGCUGCUGCUGUAUUCGGGGUUGUUACCAUCUUCACGCUAUUGCUUCGAAAUGUACCUGUCUUGCAGGACAACUUGCUAUCAACAUUUGAUAACCUCGAGCUAUUGAAGGAUGGACUUUCUGGUGCCCUAGUAACUGCGCUCAUAGUAGGCGUUCAUGAAAUUGGGCAUAUCCUUGCUGCUAAGGAUGUUGGUGUCAAGCUUGCAGUACCAUAUUUUGUUCCUAGCUGGCAAAUAGGAUCUUUUGGUGCCAUUACAAGAAUAGUCAAUAUUGUCCGCAAUCGCGAGGACCUACUGAAGGUAGCAGCUGCUGGACCAGUGGCAGGAUUCUCCCUCGGAUUUGUUCUUCUGCUACUAGGCUUCAUCUUGCCUCCAAGCGAUGGUCUUGGUCUCGUGGUAGAUCCAACCGUCUUUCACGAAUCAUUCCUUUUGGGUGGUCUUGCAAAGCUUAUUCUUGGAGAUGCCCUGAAAGAAGGAACACAACUAGCCAUCAACCCACUGGUUUUGUGGGCUUGGGCUGGUCUCCUAAUCAACGCCAUCAAUAGCAUCCCUGCAGGAGAGCUUGAUGGCGGUCGCAUAGCAUUCGCCAUGUGGGGAAGAAAGAUAUCAUCUCGGCUCAGCAGCGUAACCAUCGGAUUGCUGGGGCUCUCGUCUCUCUUCAGUGACGUUGCAUUCUACUGGGUGGUGCUCAUCUUCUUCCUACAGAGGGGUCCAAUUGCUCCUCUCUCUGAGGAGAUUACAGAGCCCGAGAACAACUACAUUGGCAUCGGUGUCGCCAUUUUGUUCCUGGGGCUUCUGGUCUGCCUGCCAUACCCAUUCCCCUUUGACCCAUCACAACUGACUGACUUUGACUUGUGAAGAAACAGUGAGCAAAAACUAUCAAGCUUCUCUUCCUCCAACUGUAUCCGUGAGAUGUUUUUCACCUUCACAAUUCCUUGGAGCCUUUGACGCUCCAUUGCUCCUUGCAGUAGCAAAAUAAAAGCAGGAGUUUUUCUUGUGUUAGUGUGCUAGUGUUAUCCUUGUAUUUAGCAGGAUACUUGAGCAGAGUAGAACAAUAUGGUCCCAUACAUUGCUGCAGGCUGUAGCUGUUAUGUGAUGAGUUGUGCUGAUCAGUUUAUGACAGAUUCUUGCAACUAGUAGCAAUUUUGCUAUGAACAGACCUGACAUGCAAUUUACCAGUACAAAUUUCA